GGUUCAUUCGUCCCCUCUGAGUUGGCAAAGCUAGCCCACCCACUUAUCCUUGUCAGAUUCGAAAAUAUCCCAAAAAUUUCAGCAAUUUCGACAUCGUGCCCAAUAGUCAUGCAUUCCUUGAAAGGCUUUGUCUUCGUCAAAAUACCAGCGCCUGCCAGGCCCAAUUUCCACAGCAUCUCGUUGGGUACCGAUAGGUGCGUCAGUCCCACAGUCCGCGCAGGAAGCCUAAGCUUUGAGUUGCGGAGAGAUAAUCCCCAAACUGCGCCCUCAACGGAUAGUAUCGAGGUUAGGGACUGUACCGGCUGGCAUCUGAACAGGGCAUGCGGCAGUUGACUGCAUUCUUCCGAAGCGAUUUUUA